AUGAAAGAAAGAGAAUUAGAUGUCGUGUGUAUGUCGGAGACCAAACGGAAGGGCAGUGGUACUGAAGAGCUCCCUGGCGGGGCGUUAGCUCUAUUGUCCGGAGUCCCGGAGAGCGAGAACGCCUGCCAGGGAGUGGGGGUGCUGCUGUCUUCUCGGUUGGUCGAUGUUAUGACUGAAUAUAAGGUUGUGAACUCAAGACUUCUCUGGGUUCGCUUUAAAUUGGGACUCACGAAGUUAUUCCUUUUGGCUGUUUAUGCGCCGGUAGCUUCGUCGUCCAGGGCUGAGCUGGAGGAGUUUUGGGAGAAUGUAAGAGAAGUUCUAGAUUUGGAUAGGGGAAACGAAAGAAUUGUUGUAUGUGGUGAUUUGAAUGGAUGGGUUGGUACCGCUCGACCAGGGUACGAGUCGGUACUUGGAAAGUUUGGCGAUAAAAGGGUUAAUGAUGCUGGCAAGCUUAUACUGGCGGUGUGCAAGGAAAAGGGUCUUCUUGUGACAAACACUAUGUUUAAUCGCAAGAAAAUCCAUAUGUAUAUUAGAGAACGAAAGAAUGAGAGAAGUAUGAUCGAUUUGUUCCUGGUGGAUGACCGACUGCGAAAACAGGUGAUGGAUACGCGAGUGUUCAGGGGUGCUGACCUGGGAACGGAUCACUAUCUAGUGAUUACUAGAUUUAGGGGUCUGUUCGCGGGUUGGCGCUACCGGACGGCAGUAACAGAACCACAGUCGGUCUGUCGCAUCCGAAGCUGGAAGCUUCAGGAAGCGGAUACUAGGGACAAAUAUCAUGCGAGGGUAGCCGAAAAGCUUGACACCAUCGAUGGCAGAAACGAAUGUGUAGAAAGAACAUGGCGGAACCUUAGGGAUGGAAUGGUAAGUGCAGCGGAAGAAGUGUGUGGAACAAUAAAAAGAGGCAGUAGUAAAAGAAGAGAUGCAUGGUGGAAUGAUAAAGUGAAAGAAGCUGUAAAGAAGAAGAAGAAAGCAUGGUUAGACUACUUGGCCUCUAGUAAUGAUAAGGAUAUGAGAGAGAAGAUGAAAGAAAGAUAUAGGCUGCAGAAAGUUCACACGAAAGCACUGAUUGAGGAAGUGCGUGAAAGGUGUAGAAUGGAAACAGACGAAAGGUUGUCGCACAACUUUAAGGAGAACUCCAAACUCUUCUGGAAAGAGGUUGGAAGGACCCGAAGUGGUGCGACGGCCUUGAGAAUGAACAAAGUGCUUUCGAGAACUAAUGACGUCCUCUCAGAAAAAUCGGACGUCAUGCAGCGAUGGAGCGAAUUUUAUAGAGAAAUUUAUGCGUGUGAUGAUCUUAGUGAGGGAUCCGGGGAUGACGCCGUGACUGGUACGCCAGACCCGGACCUCGAUGACACUGAGGUCAUCAAUAUGAAAGAGAUUUAA